GUCGUUUCACUCUUACUCUCACGGGUUGAAUGAAUUUCUUGAGCUUCUUCUAAACCUUCUCUCUGUAAAAGCUUUGUUAGAAUGGCGGUGGAGCUGAUGGGCUUUCCGAGGAAUAUGGACGAUCAGACGGCUAUACAAGAAGCUGCAGCACAAGGACUCAAGAGCAUGGAACACCUGAUCCGUCUCAUGUCUCAUCAUCAAUCGUCGAAUCACAUGAACUGUACUGACCUUACCGAUCUAACCGUUUCUAAGUUUAAAAAGGUUAUUUCUCUCCUUAACAGAACCGGACACGCCCGUUUCCGACGUGGACCGAUUCACUCUUCAUCCUCUUCAUCUUCCUCUGGAGCAGCAGCGCCAGCCUCUUUCUCUGUUCCUCACGCUCAACAAAACCUAACCCUAACUCCUACUCUGUUUACACCACCGGCAACCGCGGUUCCUUCUCCGGCUAGUUUUGUCCAGUCACAGCCGCAAAGUCUGACUCUCGACUUCACCAAACCUAGUUUGUUUAACACUAAUGUUAAACCCACCGAACUCGAGUUUUCGAAAGAGAGCUUUUGCAUGUCUUCGAACUCGUCGUUCAUGUCCUCUGCUAUUACCGGAGACGGCAGCGUUUCGAACGGGAAGCAGGGAGGUUCUUCGAUCUUUUUGGCUCCGGCAGUUGCAACUGUUUCCGCCGGAAAACCACCGCUCUCAUCACAGUCGUACAAAAAGAGACGCCACGAUCAUCUCGAGCACUCUGAUGAUCUCUCCGGAAAGUUCUCCGGAUCUACCAACGGCAACGGAAAGUGCCACUGCUCUAAGAAAAGAAAAAAUCGGGUGAAGAAAACGAUUCGAGUCCCAGCGAUCAGUCCUAAGAUCGCGGAUAUUCCACCGGAUGAGUAUUCUUGGAGAAAGUACGGUCAAAAGCCGAUCAAGGGCUCUCCUUACCCACGCGGUUACUACAAGUGCAGUACGAUGAGAGGGUGUCCAGCGAGGAAACACGUGGAGAGGGCUCCAGAUGAUCCAACGAUGCUAAUUGUAACGUACGAGGGGGAGCACCGUCACGUUCAAACUGCGAUGCAGGAGAACAUUGUUCCAGCAGGUGUUGGGUUGGUCUUUGAGUCAACGUAAGAAAAACCAAAAAAAUUAAGGGGAGGUAAGUGGGUGGAUAAGAAACUUGACCUAGACUUGUAAUAUCGAAGUAGUUGAGGGGGUACCAUGUAAAUUUUCUUUUUUUAAAAGGAGAGCCAGCCUUCCUAGUGGUGUUUAAAAUUAAAGCAGAUAAAAAAUUAAUUAAUUAUUUAA